AUGUUCUCAUCAAUAAGUUUGUUGCAGGGGUUCUCUGGGACUCAGAAUGUUUCAAGUCAACAAAAGGACGAAGCGUGGAGAGUAAAUGUGCAAAUCCAAGGCAUUGAUCAUUAUCAUGGUUAUUUAUGUGGCACAAUGGAAGCUCUAAAUGUUCCUAUGGCAGACACCCCAGUAGUUACCUUUUGGGAAGGGGAAAUUGUUGACACCAAGAAUUAUACUUUCUUCACUGGAAAGUGGGGAGCAACCACAGAAGAUGACAUAAAGCACUGGACAAAAUUUCCAUCCUUUUCACCCCUACUGAGCCAAGUGAAAGUUGAUGGAGGAAAAACUUUGGACUUGAGUAAUUAUCCUCACAUAUUCAUGAGAUGGAAAGAACAAUACUUUGUGAAUGUUGGGACAGACUGCGGAUUGACCAUAGCCGGAUUUUACUAUGUUUGCUUCUCCUGUAGUGAUGGCUCCAUUAAUGGCUUCUAUUAUGAUCCUAAUAGCAGCCCUUUCCAGAAGUUGAAAUUGAAGUCGACUAACGAUGGAAGAUCAGGGUUCAGUUUCUCCUCUUAUGAGUUGCAAAAAACCCAGAAAAGGGCCUCUUUCAAGAUUCAAGCGGCAAAGCUUCCUGCUGGAAUGGAAUUGCCAAAGCAGCAACCAAAAUUCAAUGCCCCGUUUCUUGGAUUCACUAAAACUGCUGAAAUUUGGAACUCUAGAGCUUGUAUGAUUGGUCUCAUUGGGACUUUUAUUGUUGAACUGAUUCUGAACAAGGGAAUACUUCAGAUAAUUGGCGUGGAUGUUGGCAAAGGUCUUGAUAUUCCUCUAUGA